AUGGGUACAUUAAAUAAUGGUGCAACAUCAUCCAUACAAGCUGCUGUUUCGGGUGAAGUGACUAUCACGCAUACACUCCCGACACCAGGUCUUAGUGUAAUUCAAUCUGAUCAAUAUCAAGAUGGUUCUAUGUUAUUUCGUCUCGGUAAGGGAAACCAACAAGGUUGCAAUGAACCUAACUUAUACAUAAGUGUCUUGAGAUACGAUGGAGUUUUUCUUGAUGUCGAUACUUCAAAAUUGUCGAUACCUGCAAGGAACUAUUGUGGCUCAUCAGCAUUCUACUUAAAUAUUGAUGAUGCGGAUUUUACGAGUUAUCAUUGUAAAGCUGACAAUGAUGAUGAUUUUCAAGUGGAACACAAUAGGCCUAAAAAAAAAUGUGGUAAUAAUCAUAAUAAACAUACCAGAACUAUUCGUCCUACCACAACUCGGAGUUGUGAUAAAGACGACCCAAAUUGCACAGAACCAACUAAAACAACUAGUUCAAAGGGAACAAUCCCAACUUGUGAGCCAGGAAGCCCGGGUUGUCCUACUACAACAUGUGAAAAUGGCGAUACCAGAUGUACCACGGCUCCUUCUAAAACAUGUUCUCAAGAUGACCAUAAAUGUAACACUCCGACUCCAGUAGCACCAAAACCAACUACAACUUGUGGACCUAAUGAUACCGGAUGCACACAAGCUCCAGCACCAGCACCAACUACAACUUGUGGACCUAAUGAUACCGGAUGUACACAAGCUCCAGCUCCAGCACCAACUACAACUUGUGGACCUAAUGAUACUGGAUCUCCAGCACCAGCGCCAGCACCAACUACAACUUGUGGACCUAAUGAUACUGGAUCACCAACACCAGCUCCAACUCCUACAGUUAUUACCACGUGUUCUGGAACUCCUGCUGCUUGUGAAACCAUUACCACCACCAUUCAACCAGCACCAACUACAACUUGUGGACCUAAUGAUACCGGAUGUACACAAGCACCAACACUAGCUCCAGCUCCAACUCCUACAGUUAUUACCACGUGUUCCGGAACCCCUGCUGCUUUUGUAGAAGAUUCGAUUGGAGUUUACGCUACCAAAGAUCAGUAUAUAUUGGUGACUUAUUAUUGUGAUGCUACAACAGAACAAAGAUGUGUUACUGCAAUAAAUUGGGAUGGUCAGAUAACUAAUCCUGAAUUGAAAUUUGAUUAUAGUAAUACUUGCAAAUAUGAAACUAUUGUUAAGGGUUAUGAUUCUGAUACUGAUGGUUUUCUAAGGGCAUGUUAUGUCACUGAUACUAGCACACAAAAACUUUUUUGGGAAACAUAUACAGCUAUUGAUUUUGAAGGAACAUUUACAACUCUUAAAUCAGGAACAAUCAAUACAUUCACAUUCACUUCCACGAAUUAUACGAAUGCUACAUACAUUUUUCCAACAGAAGAUGGUGGUUAUUCCGUAGUUACAGCCAGUGGAGAAAUCGACAAGACAUCAUGGUCGGUGUCCACAUACUUUUUACCAAAAGAUGAUGAUGCGAUAGGCCCAUUCGUACUGUAUACAGAAUCAACUUUAGUUAUCAAUUCAUUUAAUAUUGAAAGAUGCAAUAUAGCAUAUCAAAGUUUUGGAUAUAGCUGUAUUAUAAGUAUAUUGACAAUAGAAAAUACCGUGGAAAAAAAUGUUUUUGUAAAUAUAGAUUUUUAUUCCACAGGUGCGGCAAACAACGUGACACAGUUUGAGUUGACUCAGCUUAAUGGUUGGGAGGUUUUAACUGUUGAAACUUUGUAUCAUGGUGGAUGGAUUAUCACGGCGAAAAAUGCUAAUAAUGAUAUCAAUGGUCUUGUGAUUAGCAAUUAUGGUACUUAUUUUAGUGAUUGGGGUCUUUCUUCACAAACUAUUAAAUAUAGUACAGAUUAUGGAACUCUCAGAAAUAAUACUGUUUGGGUCAUCCUUUAUCCUUUGGUCCAAUCAUCUGAUUCAACUACUUGGACUUUAAUGUCCACUAGCACACUAACUAGUUUUACCACUGUUCAAGGAGGUACUGAUGGACCGGGUGGUUAUGGUAGCUCAAAUAUCGUUAGUACACAACCAGAAAAAGGAGGUAGAUUUGAAUAUGGUGCGGAAUAUAUUAGCAUUUCAUACAAUGUACCAGUCUUAUUAGCAGAAAAGAAUAUCACAAUUUACGAAAGAUCAACGAACUCGUCAUCCCAAGGUGUAAUGCGUCAAACCAGUUCUGGAUUAUCGCCAUUUGUCAGUAUAAGUGAUAAUGAGAGUAAAGUGGUACAGGUUCAAGUGAUGAAAACUUCAUUGAACAAACCAGAUACAACUUAUUUCGUUACCGUUGACAAUGGCUUUGUAAAAGAAAAUAGCAAACAACAAAGUCUGAUUGGUAUAACAGGAAAACAGUGGAAUAUUACAACCGGUAGUGAUGGGUAUGAUGUUUCUGGAGGAACGUGGGAUAAGGCAAUUGUUCGUUUGACGAUUCUAGGCACUGAAAAAUAUUUGUCGUUUAAUCAAACAGAUAAAACAGUUUUUAUUGAUGGAAUGAAAACAGGAAUAUCGACAGCGGUUGGUUGUGAGGAGUCAAUUGUCGACGUGUCAUUGCAUUAUCAAUAUGAUUGGAAACAUACACUCGUUGAUCAAAUUUUAUUAAGUGUUGAUUUUUCAGCUACAUCGACUGGAACAAGCCCUGCAACACUUGUCUCUUAUUUAAAUGAUACUAUUGUUAAUAAAGAUUAUAAUACUCUUUCAAAAGGUGCAUCAACAAUGUACUUGGAUUCUACUCAUGGAGCUUAUCCAGCAACUAGAUUAUGGGAUACUUAUAAAUGGAUUCUUAUUGGAUUUUUUAUCGGAUUAGCAAUUUUAUUAGUUUUGUUGUUCUGGGCCCACCUAAAAAACAAAAGUGGAAGAAAUUUCACGUCUAUUGUCUUGUUCCCAAUCAUUCUUAUAGAUUUUGGAAUGGAUGUUGGUUUUGUUGCAAAUCAUGGAAAAGAUUUAAAAUGGUUGUGGCCUACAAGUCUUGUAUUUUUAAUAGUUCCUAUUGUAUUAAAUUGUAUAUUUACAUUUUUCACCUUUUCAAAUGAGCUAUCGAUCAAAAAAGCUGAACAACGUGGUGAAAGCUUUUCUAAAUGGUGGCAAAAAUAUAGUCUGAUAGCAUGGAUAUUCGGAAUUCUAUCAUGUAUUGAUACCGUAGCAUUGAGUGUCUUGUCAUCAAGGACUGCUGGUAUAAAAUCACUGAGUGCACCAUUUUCACAUAAAGGCAAGACGGAAAUCCUUUUCAUGACAGCGCUUAUUACGUUCAUUGAAGAUUUACCUCAAUUGAUUAUUUAUAGUCUAUAUAUUUACUGGACUGUUGUUCCAGCAAUAUUGCCAAUAUUGGUAUUAUCGUCUUAUGAAAAACAUGAUGAUGAACGUGGUAAAGAUUCAGAUUCUAGUGAUGAUGAUGACAUACCAAGAGGACCAAAUGAAAAAUUAACAGAUAUGCCACCUCCUAAAGAAAGCAAAGUUGUUAAAAAACCUGAUGAUAGUGAUAGUAAUAGCAGUAGUGGCUCUGAUGUUUCUAGUGGUGACACCAAUAAAUCUACUCCUACCAAACCUCUUACUGAAUAUGGUAAUGAACCACCAAAAAAAGAAAAUAAACUAAGAACAAUUGGUUCUUCGCCUACUGAUGACAAAGAUGAUUUAACUAAAUCUGCUAAUACAUAUGAAAACGUUGGCAAUGAACCAAAGACAAUUACAAGGGAUGUUAAUGAUGAUGAUGCUACCAACAGAACUUCAGCAACAAGCGAAUUAGAUAUUGCCGCUAUUGAUUAUACACAACCAAUUGAUGAUGAUGAUGAAAGUGGUGAUAACUCUCAUAUAUACGGUGGAUAUAGUAGUGGAUACGGAUACGGUGGCACAUAUAUUUCUAGUGGCUAUCCCAUCAUUACUAGUGAUACUACAACUACCAAUAAAACACCAGAUGAUACUACAACCACCAAUAAAACACCAGAUGAUACUACAACCACCAAUAAAACACCAGAUGAUACUACAACCACCAAUAAAACACCAGAUGAUACCACAACCACCAAUAAAACACCAGAUGAUACUACAACCACCAAUAAAACACCAGAUGAUACUAUUACAUCUACACCCGAAUCCACAUCACCAGAAUCAUCGUCUCCUCCUAUCCCUACCCCUUCAUCCUCCAGCACAACUACAAAAAGUUACAGUCCAUCAUCGCCUGUUAUAAGUAAAGUUACUACAGAAGAAUCUUCAAAACUACCAACCUCCCCCUCAUCAAGUAAUAAAACUAUUCCAUUUUCAGCGCCCACUUCCACAACUAAAAGUACUACAUCAAAAUCAAAAAAAGUUAUUCAACCUCAAGGACAUACUAAGACAACAAUCAAAAAAACUAAUAAUGACGACAAUAAUAAAUUAGCAAAAGGUGGCGAUGAUACAUCUUCAGUUACAAAUGUCACAAGAACAGUAGUAACAGGAGAUGAUGAUAGCAUAACAACCAGUGGUGGAUCAAGAAUUACAAGAACUGUAAUAGUAGAAGGUGAUGACGAUGACGAUAAUACGUCUUCAGUUACAAAGGUCACAAGAACAGUAGUAACAGGAGAUGAUGAUGACACAACAACCAGUGGUGGAUCAAGAAUUACAAGGACUGUAAUAGUAGAAGGUGAUUCUGAUAACGAUGACGUUACAACUAGCGGAACAAGAACUUCCAAGACUAUCAGAAGAGUAGUAGCAGAAGAUGAUGACGAUGACAUAACUAGUGGUGGAUCAAGGAUUACAAGAACUGUAAUAGUAGAAGGUGAUUCUGAUAACGAUGAUGUUACAACUAGUGGAUCAAGAACUUCCAAAACUAUCAGAAAAGUAAUAGUAGAAGGUGAUGACGAUGAUACAACUAGUGUAAUAGUAGAAGGUGAUGAUGACGAUAAUAUUGAUUACGAUGAUUUUACAACUAGUGGUGGAUCAAGAACUUCAAAAACUGUAAGAAAAGUAAUAGUAGAAGGUGAUGAUGACGAUAAUAUUGAUUACGAUGACUUUACAACUAGUGGUGGAUCAAGAACUUCAAAAACUACAAGAAAAGUAAUAGUAGAAGGUGAUGAUGACGAUAAUAUUGAUAUUAGUGGUGGAUCAAGAACUUCAAGAACCAUAAGAAAGGUAAUAGUAGAAGGCGAUGAUGAUGGUAAUAUUGAUUACGAUGAAACUAGUGGUGGAUCAAGAACUUCAAGAACCAUAAGAAAGGUAAUAGUAGAAGGCGAUGAUGAUGGUAAUAUUGAUUACGAUGAAACUAGUGGUGGAUCAAGGACUUCAAAAACUACAAGAACUGUAAUAGUGGAAGGUGAUGAUGAUGGUAAUAUUGAUUACGAUGAAACUAGUGGUGGAUCAAGAACUUCAAAAACUACAAGAACUGUAAUAGUGGAAGGUGAUGAUGAUGGUAAUAUUGAUUACGAUGAAACUAGUGGUGGAUCAAGGACUUCAAAAACCAUAAGAACUGUAAUAUUGGAAGGUGAUGAUGAUGGUAAUAUUGAUUACGAUAAUAUUACAACUGGUGGUGGAUCGAGAACUACGAGAACUGUAGUAGUGGAAGGUGAUGACGACAAUACAACUAGUGGCGGAUCAAGAACCACAAGAACUAUAGUAGUAGAAGGUGAUGAUGACGGUAAUACAAAUAGUGGUGGAUCAAGAACUUCAAAAACUGUAAAAACUGUAAUAGUAGGUGAUGACGACGAUGAUAUUACAAAUAGCGGUGGUUCAAGAACAUCUAAAACCAUAAGAACUUUUACUAGUGGUAGUGAAGGUGGACCAACAAUAGAUCAGUCUGACGAAGAAGAAUUUUUUGAAUCAAGUACCACCACAACAACAACAGAUAGUGAUGGAACCAAAACUACUAAAACCACAAAAUCUUAUAAAUAA